AUGGAGGCAAGGGUCAAUGCCUCUGAUUUCGGCCUUUCUGCCGAACAUCAGCAAGAUCCGUUUGCGUUCCUGCUCAAGUCAACCGAACAUGAUGAGAGUAUUCGUGCCGCCAACACGGUCGAGGCUGAGUUGGAGGCGGACGUGGCUCCUGCAAAACAAUCGGGGAGUGUUGAGCAGCUGGAGGGAUCACCGGCUGAUUGUGUAGCCUCUGCAUAUGCGUCUGUCUCUGGGGGUACUGCCUUUGCUGCCUCUUUUACUGGUUGCUCGGCUUCGGCAGAGGUUCCAGAAUCCAUUUCCUCGACUUGUCCCGCAGUGUCGGCUGCCGCACUUCUCUCCUCGCCGGUUGCGCUUAGCCUGCUUGCAGCCCCUUGUCGUGAGACAGUCGCGGGUGCUCAUGUGGACCCUGACACUCCGCAGCGAGGCUCGCAUGUUCAUGCGGCUUCGUCUGGUCCUCCUCGGGCCGCCGGCACUCCGCGUCGCCAAGCGCAAGUCAGCCACGGCAUUGCAUGCGGCACGACGCACCCUCUUGAUGAUGCUGUCUCCCGGAUCGAGGCUCGUGUGUUGCAGCAGCAUCAGGGAGAGCGACACGCGGAGGCGGACGAUUCCCCAGCGCAAUCUGUCCCGUCCUGCGUUCAAUCGGAUACGCUCCCCAAGUGCGCGUCUGCCUCUUCACCACCCUGCGUGGAAGGCUCCAACGCUUCGGACCAGGAUACCGCUGCUGGCGCAGCCCCUGCAUCAUCAUCACCCGCAGCUUCGCGAGUGACGUGGUCGCCUGGUUUCCGUCUGCCGCUUGGUGCAGAGGGGCGUCAGGUGCUCCUGCGACGGCUGCGACGGGCUUACCAUGCGUCUCACCCGGAGACUCGUGACGCGUUUCUUGCGUCUCACGGCCUGGUCUUUUCUCGCAUGCCGUUCGCGACAGUCUCCGAACUGUUUCACCUGGCUCACCUGCUGGGCGUAUUCGACUUCGCCGUCCAGUGCAGCGAGGAAUUUGGAGGCGUCUCGAGUGCCGCAGCCGUCGCGGCCGCUGGCGGCGGGGGCCGAGCGGUCUCUCGGGCUGUGGCUAGCGCGUCGCUUUCAUCUGGGGCUGGUGGUGAGGCAGGCAAGUCGGGGGACGCGGCUGCGAUGGUACGGGUUGGAUCGGGAGUCGGGAAGCGACGCCGGCUGCCCGUCAAGCGUCACGCUGCGCCGGCGAUGCGCGACCACCACGUCGCUCCGCGGCGGCGCCCAGCAGCAGCAGAUGCGCAGGAGGUGUUCGAAGUCGUCUCGGGAGCGAACGUUGAACUUGGUGCUUCGGCGUUCCCCGCGGGCUGUUACGAGCAGUUCGAUGAGCACUCUGCGGAUGCUGGUCAGCUGCACCUUGCGGGCGAGCGUGCCCACCCUUCUGUGCUUUCGUCCUCAGUCAGCUCGGUGAUCCACCGAACUCCCACAUCGCGCAGAAAGAGAAGACGCCGAGCCGUCGUGUCUCACGCAGCCGGCCGCCUUGACUGGAGCCAGCAGGGCGCGGACGCCGAAGAGGGCACUCUGCGUGGCUGGGCCGCAGACGUCAGCCGAGCGUGCAUGCCGGAUGGAAGUCUUUCUGACAUUUGCUCCGGGGGAUGCAGCACCGCUGACAACACGCCUUGCUUCGGAGCGGAGCGGAGUGGAGAUGCGCUGGCGAAGGCUCGGACAGGGAAUCCCAAGGAACUGCUUCAGAUGCUGCAGGAACUGGGUCUGUUCAGUGGCGUUCUUGACGGCGGAUCUUCGGAGAUCGACCGCGACACUGAAAAGUGUAAGGCGACGGCCCAGGCGUUGCAGAUGCAGCUGGAAGCUCUCUCGGGCGGUCUCGCCGACAGCGUGGAGAAACCGCCAGGUUCCUCUUCGAGCACGACUCACUUGCGCGCUGGAGCAAAGCGAUCCGCCGCCGGCUUCGCGCGGAGUAGCGGCGUGGGAAGCCGAAAACGGUCCCGGGACAUGCUGGACGGAAUCGGCGUCAAGGAGCUCGGCGAGGGCGAUGCUCACGGAUUGGGGAGCAGCCAGUCUGUCUUCAGCAUGCACCAAGUCUCGCAUUCAGAUGUGGCGCGCCCCAAGUCCAGGGUAGUUCGCCGCGUCGACGCCCAGUUGGCGGGACACGCGCAACCCGCCACGCCUCCGCUGUCAGCGGCAUCGUCUCUCUCGUCCCUGACGGAAGAGGCUGCUCCGAUGACGUCGCUGGAAGCCCUUCUGGCGUCGUCGCUGGCUGCCACUGUUGGCUCCCGAGGCACCAUCGAGUCCGCAUCUUCUUCGCGACAGGCGUGUGGGCAGCCGCCGGCGGUACGGCAAGCGUCCGGUGUUUCAUCUGCAGGUCGGGACUUCUUCCAGUUCGUUGACGAUUUCAAGGCUCGCAUGGAUGAAGCCGAGGACGCUGCGACCAACCAGGAUGGUGACGCGCCGCUCGAAGAGCUCAGCCAAGAGCAGGAAGAUCUUCUGCGUUCGUUCUUCCACAUCCCGCAACCAUCACAGCACCUUCACCAGAAGAUGACUCACGAGGCCACUGACGGAGGACUGAAAGAGAAUCAGGAAGCACUCCUGAUCAAUCUCCUGAAGAGAGCAGAUGAGUCGUCAUCGCAGUGUUCGACCGCGUUCUCAGCCACUCGAGGCCGGGGACACGAGAUCGACACAGAUGCUGUGUUUGAAAGGUUAGGCAGUCUUGUCUCCGGUGCUACGGAGGCAGCAGCUGAGCCAGUUGAGAAGCCUGAAGGGUUGUUGCCUGCGUCCCUUGACGCCGUGCGGUCUUCGCCAAAAGCGCUGAGUGCGCCGGCGUCCCGCCAGUGCAGCGUCACUCCAGUUCAGGACUCAUAUGGGGCGGACGGCCCCAGCGACCUCCUUCAGCUUCUCCAAGAUCUGCCUGCAGGCUAUGCUAAUCUGCUGAGUGCUGGGCAACCUUCGCGCUCCGCCGUCUCCAUGCCUGCCGCUAAUAUCCCGGCUCCUGCGUCCACGAACGCGCAGUAUGCCCUGGGGCUCCAGUUCCUGCACUUGAUGGAGCUGUUCCAGCUGCAGAACAGCCUGAACGGGCUUUUGGGAGCUCUUCCGAAGGUGCAGGAGGACGCCAACCCGGCGAGUGGAUUGGAAGAACUGAAGCGGACAGCUCUGGAGGAGAGGGAUGAUGGCACGCAGAGCGGGGCCUACGAGUGCGGUGCAUCGCGUGCAACUCCACUGACCACUGGGGAACCCUCUGGCCUUCGGAACGGCAGCAGCUGGAGCGGCGGCUCCGGCAGCUCUCGAAGCCGAAGCGGCAGCUUCAGCGAGAGGACAACCGCGUCGUGCGGACCUGUGCGCAGCUCAUCUGCGGCCCCAGGCUACUUUUUCAGUGCUUCCGGAGACGGUCUGGAUGGCACCCGAAGCUCUUUCAGCACGUCGUGCAGCGAGGAGCUUUCGUCAGGCGCACCUGGCGCAGCCAGCGGCGAGGCAAGCAGCUGCCCGAGUGACGAGGAAUGUCUGCGUUCGAGAAUGUCGCGGCGAUAUCACGAGUACGCGGACGAUGCUUCAGCGAGCAAGAAGCGCGAGGAGCCGACGCCGUUGCAACAGCUGCUUCAGAAGCUUAUUGCCCAGUCGGCGGCGGGAGGAUCAGUCGGUGGAGGAGAAUUCAGGAUCGGAGCGUGCCCAGUCCAAAGAAAACAAGGAGGAGGCGGCAUGCAUUAA